AUGCCCGUGCAGUUCAGAGGCAUCUUUGGUAUGGGUCACCACUCACCAAGGCGGGAGCGGGGAUGGAGCACAGGGAUGGGUCACCUAGAACCUAGCAUGUGUGGUCAGGGUUGGAGACGUUGUGCGGGAGCUCACCGUUGGGGUUCUCCGGCCGGAUGCGAUACUGGAGAGGCCUCGACGACCGGAGAUCUUGGAGGAGGCACGGCGUCCCUCCAUGAUUCGGGUGGCCAGCUACCCUGCUGCGACGGCCCCGUCGCAUCCAUCUCCCAACGCUCUCCCCCGACGACGGCUGGAGGAACAGGGGCAAGCGGCAAUGGGAAGGGCGGGGCGCUCGGUGGAGAUCGUGACGCGCGAGCGAAGCAAGAGGGCGGGGCGGCGCCAGGGAGGAGGCAGAUCGUGGAUGUGGCGCUGCCGCCGAGAAGAAGGCACGCAGGAAGUCGGAGUUCGGGCGCUGCCGCCUUCUUCGGCGGGGAUUCUAUGCUGCCGCCGGGAAGAAGGUGGGGCGGGAGUUGGGGCCGGCCGCCGGGAAGAAGGUGGGGCGGGGGUUGGGGCGGCGAUGCGGGCUUCCGCCGGGAAGAAGGCGGAGCGGGAGCUGGGGUUGGGCGGCGAGCAGGCUCCCGCCGGGAAUAA